ACAAGAAAAAAAUGAGAACAAAGAUGAUGUGCUCUCUAAUAAUUUGCUAGAUAUAUCUCAAGAAAAAAGGUUGGAAUCUCUUCUUGAAAACUUAGUCAAUCAUGGUGAAAAGCUUAAAAGCUCAGUUG